ACGCAAUGGUUUUGAUAACAGUAAAUGGACAUUAACCUUGCCAUAAACAUGUUAUCUGAGUAGCUUAGAGGAACCUUCAUAUGCCAGUCAUACUCUUUGUAUGUCUUGCUUAGUAGCUACUUCACAUGUUCACUUGUAUCUAGAGAUGUAUGGAUGAUCGCACCGGUUUCAAAUCACAGCAUUCUCCCACUACAGAAAUUCAUGAGCUUAGCAGCAUGGGAUAAAGUACACUGAGUCAGCAGCGGUGAAAGUAUUUAAGGGCUGGGUGCAUCAGACAAACUUACAGAUGAACUUCCUGAAAUAAGAGAGAAGACUCCUACUAUCCCCUAAGAGAUUCUGAGUUAAGAUGAAACCCCAAGUUAUAAUCUUUAUUUACUUAGGAGGACUCAUAUUACACUUCGUGAAAUGUUACAGCAGUGGCAAUUUUGACGCUUAUCCAGCUAUAUGUCAGACAAUGGAAGUUGUUCACAGCACCUAUCUACCUCAGAACACUGAACCACCUUUUAAAGUUAUCCCAGAUAUGAUCAGAGUUAAUUCUUCAGAUGUGGGAAAAUCCUUUAAUGUAACACUGAAAGCUGAUGGCUAUGAAUCAUUCCGUGGUUUUUUGUUGAAAGCACAAAAACCAGACAAAACAACACCUCAGGGGAUUUUUUCUUUGGUGGAUACAAGCUUAAGCAGACUUCAGACAUGUAAUGGUAUGAAGGAUACAGCUGUAACGCAAACAGAUAACCAAAAAAAGGCUGAAAUAAAGGUCAAAUGGAAUGUUUCUGAAACCGGAGAUUAUUUUUUCAGGGCUACAUUCGUUCAGACAUAUGAAAAAUUCUGGAUCCAUAAAGAAAUCUCUUCUUCAAUCACGACACCAUCCUUUACAACAGACCUUGUAACAUCAGACCCUGUAACAUCAGACCUUGUAACACCAGGCCCAGUAACACCAGACCCUGUAACACCAGACCCUGUAACACCAGGCCCAGUAACACCAGACCCUGUAACACCAGACCCUGUAACAACAACCACCAUAACAAUAUCAACAUCAACAAAAUUAUCCUCAGUCACCAAAACUGAUCCACCGCACAAAUAUUUGGUUGAAUCAUCGCUAACUCUACAUUUGCUCAGUUAUCUUUGUCUUGCUGUGUGUGGUCCUUUCCUAGCGAAAGCCUGUGUAUGUGUUUGGACAAAGGUGACAUCAUUUCUGUCUUUGGCAUUUUCAUUGGCUGCUUUCAUCCUCUUACUGAUAGACAACAAACAAGUUGAGGCUGAAAUUCUGGCAGGAGUAGCAGCAGGCCUCAACUUGUGUCAAACCAUUCUAAUAUUCUUUCUCUGUGGACCGUGCCAUGAAUUAAGAAAGAUUUUCUACUGGGGGCUCAGAUUGGUUGCAUUCAUAAACGUUUGUUUUACAAUUGCUACAAUAUAUGUUGGUCUUGUGGAGCACUGCUCCAAACCACGCCGCUUCUGGCCCGUCAUAUUGAUGGGAGUUUAUUUAGCAUGCCAAUUGCUGUCAUGUCCCUUUUUUAUAUAUGGGGAACUAAAAGAAAAGCAGCAACGACAAACUACAUCAAGCAAUCAGAAUUGCAGGGUUUCUUGCUGGUGUACGUGUUUGGUCAUUUUUACUGGGAUGAAUUUAGCAUUUACUGUAGCACUGGUAUUAGGAAUAUUUUUAUCAUUGUAUGUUUGAUACCUAAAGAAACAAAAGCCUUGAUAUUUUCAUUAUGUGAUGAUGCUUUACUUAUAUUUAACUUUUCUACAUCAAUAAUUUCAAGCAGUCCAUGUAAUAUGUAUAUACUGUAUGUUGGCUUUCUGAUAUUUGGUUCUGAAUGUUUCUUUUCACUACGUAUAUCAUAUAUUCCUGUAACCAAUGCUUAUGAUCAAUGUAGAAUUUGUAUUUGUAGAGAAAUGUCUAUAUUUAUUGUGAAAAGAGGGAACCUACAAUCCCCUCUGAAAUUAUUGAAAUGGCAAAGCCAAUUUUAUACACUGAAGAUAAUUUUAUACACCAAUAUAAUUUCCUGAUAUGUACAUCUAGAUGUGUUAAACAAUUUAAGCACCUUUAAUAUUGGAACAUGUGACUGAUAGGAGUUUCUUCUUGCCCAUAUGUGUCCUGUUAAAUUGAUUGUUAAAACAGUUAAUAGCUCUUAAUGUCUACUCUUGGUUUGAUCCCUGGGUUUUUCCUGUGAAGACCGCAUUUGUUGUUAAAAAGUAUAAACCAACAUGAAGACAAGAGAGCUGUCUAUGGGAGAAAAGAAAGCCAUUUUGAAACUGUGAAAAGAGGAAAAAAUCUAUCAGAGCCAUUUCAGAAGCAUUGGGUAUAGCCAAUAUAGCAAUUUGGAGUGUCCUGAAAAUGAAAAAAAUAUCACUGAUGUACAGUGUAACAACCAGAGAUCAAACAGUUUGCCAAGGAAAACAGCAGCAGUUGUUGAGAGAAUAAUUGUGAGAACUGUAAAGAAGAACCCCAAAACAGCAGUCAGUGACAUCACAAACAACCUCCACAGGGCAGAAGUGACGGUAGCACAAUCCACCGUUUGAAGAAGACUUUGAGAGCAGAAAUAUAGAGGCCAUACCAGAAGAUGCAAACCACUCAUCAGCAGUAAGAAUCGGAAAGCCAGAUUGGAAUUUGCAAAGAAAUACAGAGAUGAGUCACAAAUGUUAACCUCAACCAAAGUGAUGGAAAGGCCAAAGUAUGGAGAAAGAAAGGUUCUGCUCAUGCUCCAAAACAUACAAGCUCAUCUGUCAAACAUGGCGGAGGUAGUGUCAUGGCUUGGGCUUGCAUGGCUACUUCUGGUACAGACCCACUAAUAUUUAUUGAUGAUGUAACUCAUGAUGGAAGCAGCAGAAUGAAUUCAGAAGUUUACAGGAACAUUUUGUCUGCCAAUUUGUAGAGCAAUGCAUCCAAUCUAAUUUGGAGGAACUUCAUCAGGCAGUGACAAUGACCCAAAACACACUGCCAACUCCACAAAGUACUUUAUCAAGGGGAAAAAGUGAAAGGUUUUAUACUGGACAACUCAAUCACCAGAACAUAACCCAAUUGAGCAUACAUUUGACCUCCUGAAGAGGACACUGAAAGGAGAAACCCCCCCAAAACAAAUAACAACUGAAAGAAGCUGGGGUAAAAGCCUGGAAAAGCAUCACACAAGAAGAAUGCAACAGUUUGGUGAUGUCAGUGGGUCGCCAACUUGAUGCAGUUAAUGCAAGCAAGGGAUAUGCAACCAAAUAUUAAGUAUUAUUUACUUUACUUUAAAUAUGUUUGAAUUGAUCUGUUCCAAUACUGUAGCUCACUUAAAAAAUGGGUGGCCUGCAAUCAAAGGUGGCAUUUUCUAUGUUGUUUAGCACAUCUAUUUGUAAAUAUUAUGACAUACAACCUGAAAUUCUGAUCUAUUGUCUCAUAUUCAUCUGCUGAUCUCAAACCCAAAUGCCUUUAGUGUAUAGAUUGGCCUUGCCUUUCCAAUACUUUUGGAGGGGACUGUAAAUCCCUUAGCAUUCACAACCAUUUGUCCAGUAAACUGGAGAGGCUUCACCAAUUUUUAAUUGUGUUGGUGUCAUUAGGGAAGUUUAAACAGAUAACAGCAAACACUCCUGACAUCUAAUUUAUGAGGAUGGCCUUAAAUAAUAUUUGACAUGAGCCUUUCUUUUAAAAACUCUUAUCAACAAAGCGUGAUAACAUUUUAUUGAUCCUGACCAAAUUACACUGUUCUCUGCACUCAGUCAUGUUGAUGCAUGAUAUUUACAGUUCACUUCACUCUCAGCAAAUGUACAAUAGUGCACUUCAGAUAACUUGUACAGAGCAUACAUUAGUCAUUGGGUGUGACCAUAUUCCUGAUUCCCAUUCCUCUCAUGUGAUAUUUCUCUUUCAGCUGGGAUGAUAUUAGUUUGUUCUGCAAUAAUGUCACACUGCAUAAUUUUAUUGUGCAGGACAUAAAAAUGUAUUUCUUCAAUACACUGGUUUCAAAAUGAUCAGCAGCCCUACAAUUAAUAUAUUGUGAUCUCUGCCCUGUCUUCCUGUAAUGUUUAACAAGGUUUGAGAAACUUGUAGAAGGAAUCUUUAUUCAGCUUUAUUUUAAGCUUCUUUACAGUUUUUUUCAUGUGGAAUUUCCUCUUCAAGUCAGACCACAGUAUUUCAAUAGAUUUUACAUCUGGAGACUGAGAUGAUUUUGUUUCUUUAAAAAUUUACAUUGAUUUGAAAGAAUACUUGUUCAUCGUUUUUGUGAAAGUGGCCACGUCACCUCUAUCUAUAGCCUAGUCUAGACUUCCUGGCAGAGGUAACAAGGUUUUGGGCUGAAAUACCAUAGUAGUACUCAUGAUGGCAAGCAACAGUCUUCACAAGAGCCCCUGAACCACCAACCACAAAAAAACCACAAGACUUCAGUCAUCCACCGCCAUAUUUUACACUGGGAUAUCAGGUGCUUCUUCUUGUAUGCUAUCCCCUUUAGUCUCCAAACACGCUAAUAAUGUUUAUGACCAAAGUGUUUAAUGAGAUGUAUAUUAAUAAUUUUGGCACAUAUUUGUGAGAGAACAUGCUAUUGUUAAUAAAACUAACUCAACUGA